CAUUGGCCCAAUGUUGCCGGGCUAAUGAAAACUGAUCCACAUUCCAGACUGUGGGUCGCGCGCAAAAUAAACAAAACUGUCUCAGUGGAUGCUAGCAACAUGUUUUUGUACUCAAACGCAGAGACAGUUCAGCUGAUGCGUCACGCACAUUGCUUUUAUGCUGCGUAAUGCCGUGCGUAUACAUCAGAUUGGAAUUCCCAAUCUUAGCCAAGUGUCGCGCGUCCUGGAAUGCCGAACGUUCGAUCAACUGUCGGACACUGCCCGUCCAUGGUGUGUGGGUAAAGCAGGUAUUUGCAUACCCACUGGUCCAUGACUGCCAUGACUGGGCCAAAAAACCACCACACUGAGGAGUGACUUUGCUGUGGUCUAGCCUGAGAUAAGAUAGCGGAAAGGUAUAUCAAAUACCAUACGCUGAUUGGUCGAGUGGCUCUCCAGAGUCAUCUAUCUAUUGUUGGCGUUCUGUAGAGGCAGUAUAUAAAGGCUGCGAUGGGAGUGCAUUUGAUGGGUCAUUUUAAAACGUAUUGAAAGUGAUUUUGUGAGACAACACUACUGGUCAUGAAGUUUGUUUUGAAGUGUUUGGCGAUCUUUUUGGCAGCUAUCCUGUGCUCGAUAGCCGAAGGAAACAAGAUCCGAUGCUAUUCGUGUGAUGAUUGUAACAAACAAGAGCCGGAGAUCGUCCAGUGCAGUGCGAAGAAUGGGAUGGAUCUGAACGCGCUGAGCUACAACCCAACCUACCCGAUACUGACACCGUCCACGCCGUACUGGAACGCAAACCCCUGGGAUCCGCUGCUAACGCCACCACCGCUCGUAGGAAACAACAAUGGAGGCGCUUGGUAUCCGGGAUACCCGGGAUAUCCAAUCCUUACACCGCCACCGUUGGGCGGCGGUGGUAUCAAUCAGCAGUACCCAUGGGAUCCGCUGCUAACGCCACCACCGCUCGUAGGAAAUAAUAAUGGAGGCGCCUGGUACCCGGGCAAUCCAAUCCUAACGCCACCGACCACCUACUACCCGUACGGAAAGGCGCACCAACAGACGGGGGACAAGGGGCAGAAGCGCUUCGUCUGCGCGACGAUCCGACGCAAAGGAAAGGAUCUACAAACGGACAUCGUACACCGGCGUGGAUGUGCCGAGAUCGAGGGAUUGGCUGUCGGUGUGUGCGACCAGGGACAGAUACCGGUGACGGAGGGUGGCAUUACGAGCUGCCGCGUGUGUGGACAUUCGCUGUGCAACGAGUGAGGCUGUGUAGUGAUCGAUUUUAAUAGCGCGCUGUGAUUUGUGUGGGUGAUGCAGGUUGAAGAAUGAAUGGGCUACAAAUACUGAUUAGGUCAUAAAUGCAAUAAUUUAGAAAUUCGUUUUACAAAACUUAGACGAGUAACGGUACAGAUGUGAACUAGAAAUGCGGCCAAAAUGUGCUGCUACGUCUGAGUAAAGGUCUGUCCUAUGUAAGCGUCAUUUAAACUUUCUUUAAAAAACAAUGAUUUUAAAUAUUGUUAAACUAGAUCAAAAGUAAGCUGAAAACAAUGCUUGGUAUUGGAACACUCAACCAUCUUGACUAAAUAUCUCGUGGUGAAUAGAGUAUAAUUGU